UUUUUUUUUUAAAAAAAAGAAAUGAAGACCAGUCAUGCCAUCAAGAUUCAACAAAUAUUUAAACACAAUAAAAGAUAUGUUUCAACGAAUAAAUUACAAGAAUUUUUGAAUCAAAAAGAAAAGAAUAUAACGUCAGCACUCUAUAAAGGAACAUUAUUUGAAUUACAAACAUUAACAUUAUUAACACAGACAACAGGAAUGAAUUUAGAUCAUGUAGGGGGUAAAAGCGAUGGUGGAAUAGAUCUAAGAGGAAAAUGGUUUAAUGAUGUUCAGGUUAUUAUUCAAUGUAAAAAUACAAAACAUGGUUGUACGCCUGAUCAUGUACGUGAGCUUAUAGGUACAGUGAUAUCAUGCAGUCAAAAGAAAAAGACCCUGAUUGGCAUCCUUGCAACUGCUUAUCAUCCAAAUCGACCUCAUUUUACUCGUGACGUUCUUUCUCAUUUUAACAAAAGCCCGUUACCUUUAGGAUUAGCUAUGAUUGAUAAUUUAACUCUAAAAUCUUUUAUGUUUAAUAAUAAGGCACAAUCCAUAUUAAAGGGAUUAACUAUAUCUACUCGAUAUGAUAUAAAUGGUAAUGAAGCCCUUUAUAUCAAUGUACCAAAAUAAAUUAGAUUAUACCAUUUUUCAUAAGGAAACACACACACACACAUUAAAAGGAUUCAUCUUUGUUUUUUAAUUAUGUAAUCUUAAAGAGAUAUGACACAUGUAUAUUCAUCUGCAUAUAAAUACAAAUAUAUAUAUAAAAUCUCC